AAAAUCCCUGUUAAUUAUUAACCCUUGGUGUACUACCUGAUACCGGACUCUACAGCUUGAGAACAGAGUGUUUUCUUCCUCACAUUAAGCCUAUUUAUGAGUAGAGGAAUGUAGCUAUCAAGAGAAUUUUAAAAAACCAAACACCUGCCAGACGUUUUCCUCUGGUAUUUGGUGAAGAACGUUUGGUGCUGUGGCUGGCAUGUCUACAAUCUGAACCACUGGUGUAGAUGUCCUUUGGGAUUCCCGGUUUAUUUUAGCAUGGCUGAGCCCUCGCUGCACAGAAUCCUUCUUCUGGUUAUUUCUCUGGCAAAGUGUCUGGAAGGCACCAAACUUCUGUCACACCUUAAAAAAUGUGGUGACCUGGAAUGUGCAAUUUUACUCAGCAGAGUCUUAGCCAUGAAAGAUUUCACAGGACCUGAUUGUCGAUACCUGAACUUCACUGAGGGAGAAGAAAUAUCUGUUUAUAUUAAACUUUCGGGAGAGAGAGAAGAUUUGUGGGCAGGAAGUAAAGGAAAAGACUUUGGAUUUUUCCCCAGAGAUGCAGUCCAGGAACAAGAGGUGUUCAUACAUGAAGAAGCUGAAAUAUCAGCUAAAGAAUCUGACUUUCUUUGUCUUCAUGGAGAGAGCUAUAUAUUUGAAAGUGAAGAUAGUGAGUUAAACAGCGGCAAUGGUGAAAAAAUGUAUUCAUAUAAAGAAGAUGGAGACCAAAAAUAUAGUACAUUUGCAAGUGGUUUCCUAAGACAGUCUGGAUUUUAUGAAACUUCUGCAAGUACUGUACUUCCAGACCAAUUUGUAGCAUCAGAGGCUCCUGGAAAAAUCCCAAGUGCCAGUGAGCCAAGAGAUUGGGAAGAAGUGGCAGCUGGAAGGGGGCAGGACCAGAUUGCAGAAGUGGAAGGUGUCGUGACCUCCUCCACCCUGCCUGAAGGAAGAGAACAGUUUGGACUGGGAGAAGAACAAAUUGAAGACAAGGCUUUUGAACCAGUUAUUGAAUCUGUACAUGAAAACUCUUUUCAAAGUAGAAAAUUAGCAGUGGAAGAUGGAAACGAUCUGGAGGAAUCACACAAUGCUGAGUCCCAAACAGAACAUGCCUCAGAACCUGAAUCUGAAUUGGAUUCAGAGCCACCCCAUCUCGUUUCAAUGACACAGGAAGACUCAGAACAAGCUGCAGAGCUAGAGCACACUCUCAAAUCUCAAGCCACUGGCUGGUUUGGUGGUGGAUUUACAAGUUAUUUAGGUUUUGGAGAGGAGAGUACAGAACUUGAGUUAUUGUCCAAAGAAAGCCAUCCACUACUCCAAGAUAUUCCUGAUGCUAAAUCAUCAGAGGAAGAUGCCACUGUUCCAUGGACAGAAAUAACAACAGGGAAAGAGGACACAAUCAUGAACGACAGCUCCACUCAAAAGUCAAGUUGGUUUGAUUUUGGUUUUGGCAUGCUAGGCUUUGUAUAUGCUGAUGAAGAGAAAAUGAUAACAGAUGAUGGACAAAACAGUGAUAGUGGGCUAGAUAAACACAAACAUCCUCCAGCCAGUGAUUCUGAGCCUGAUAAAGAACAGGAAAUAAACAUAAUCAAAGUGAUGGAAGCAGAAGAUCAAAUACACAAGGAAGGAGUCUUAGAGGAAACAGAUGAUUCUGAUGACACACUAUAUUUGAAGAAAAUCUUACAUAAUUUUGAUAACCCCUGGAGGUUCCAGAACACUCCAGAAGCAGAAUUGCCAUAUUCAAAUCAGAUACUGGAUGAAAAUAAUAAAGGUGAAAAUGAUGGAAUGCAAGAGUCUUCAAUUGAAAAUCAUGCCACAGAUGACACGGAAGAAUCCAUGCUACUGAGAAGCAGUCACCGUUGGUCAGACUUACCUGAGAGAAUACCUGAAAAAACACAUGGCCAAACCUCAUCUUGUAAAAAUGCUGAACAACUAACAUCAUUGGGAGACCUUGAAGUGUCUGAGCAGGGGGAAACAGAUACAUCUGUGGAAAACUUUAUCCAAAGCAGCCAGGUGGCUUCCCUUGAUAAUGCUUUAUCUUUGCAAAACCACAUUCUCCAGAAAGAUGAUGUUACAGGGUUUCGGGUUCUGAAGUACUUAUUUCAAAUUGACAUUUACAAUCUCAUGAAUUCUGCAUUUUCAUCAGUUAUCAUGUUGCUAGAAAGGGUAAGCUGGCUUUACAAUUGUUUAGCAAUAAUUUUACUUGUUUUAUUAAGUAGAAGAGUGAUUUCAACAUAUGCUUGUGUAGAUUUAUCCUAUAUAAACUUCUUACAAUAUUGGUUUCUCUUUGAAAUCUUACAUGCACACAGUUUCUUUCUUUCUCUUUCUUUCUGUAUGCUUACAUCCUGCCAGGUGGAUUUUGUGUUCAUCAAAGAUUUGCUUCCGUUGAAAUUUGAGGAUCGUCUUAAAGAGGAGUCUUUCAAUAUCAUCACUAACAUCUAUGACAGGAUCAGGGCUAUUGAAAAACAUGAUCGCCAGGAUGGCUUCUCUUCUGAAACAGCAAGACAGAUGGCGAUUCCAUUGGCUGUUUGUGAAAGUUAUGGAGAAAGCAAGAGGUUUGUGAAGCAGGAAAGAAUCAGGAGAAUGUGUCUUGAAGCCAGUCUCUUUGAACGAUUUCAGAGUAACUCUCAGAGGGCAUUCUCAGUGUUGUAUUCUGAGAGGGAGAAUAAUCCCCUGAGGCACAACAUAAGACUUAACAUUUCUGAUGAACUAAAGAUUGGCUUUUUCACCACAGACCACGCCACUCAGACUGACUGCAGUGAAAUUUUGCCACUAAAAGAAUUGACUUCAUCUACAGGAAAGAUGAUGUAUUUUUUAUUGUAA